UCUCCGGGCUGGGAGCUCCGGCCGAGCGGAGGCACGACGGAGAGCACCAGCGCAGGGCAAAGAGCCGGGAGCGGCGGGCCAGAGUAGGGCAUUCACUCGGGUGCUGCAGAGAACCGGGGCCGCUCCGAGCCGCCCCUGAGGACCGAUGCGCCGGGUGGGGCGCUGGCCCCGAGGGCGUGAGCCGUCCGCAGAUUGAGCAACUUGGGAACGGGCGGGCGGAGCGCAGGCGAGCCGGGCGCCCAAGACAGUCCCGCAGCUGGCGGGUGAACGGACCGCGCCCUCGCCCCUCCCCGGCCGGCCCCCCCGCGACUGGCAGCACCACGGUUGGUUUUUGGAGUAGACCCUGCUGACGUGACACAGAGAUCUCCCAUGUGACACUCCGAGGUGCCUUUGAGGAAGUCUCUCUUUGAGGACCUCCCUUUGAGCUGAUGGAGAACUGGGCUCCCCACACCCUCUCUAUCCCCAGCUGAGAUUAUGGUGGAUUUGGGCUACGGCCCAGGCCUGGGCCUCCUGCUGCUGACCCAGCCCCGGAGGUGUUAGCAAGAGCCGUGUGCUAUCCACCCUCCCCGAGACCACCCCUCCAACCAGGGGCCUGGAGCCGGCGCGUGACUAUGCGGCUUGGGCUGUGUGUGGUGGCCCUGGUUCUGAGCUGGACGCACCUCACCAUCGGCAGCCGGGGGAUCAAGGGGAAGAGGCAGAGGCGGAUCAGUGCUGAGGGGAGCCAGGCCUGUGCCAAAGGCUGUGAGCUCUGCUCUGAAGUCAACGGCUGCCUCAAGUGCUCGCCCAAGCUGUUCAUCCUGCUGGAGAGGAACGACAUCCGCCAGGUGGGCGUCUGCUUGCCGUCCUGCCCACCUGGAUACUUCGACGCCCGCAACCCCGACAUGAACAAGUGCAUCAAAUGCAAGAUCGAGCACUGCGAGGCCUGCUUCAGCCACAACUUCUGCACCAAGUGCAAGGAGGGCUUGUACCUGCACAAGGGCCGCUGCUAUCCAGCCUGUCCUGAGGGCUCCUCAGCUGCCAAUGGCACCAUGGAGUGCAGUAGUCCUGCACAAUGUGAAAUGAGCGAGUGGUCCCCCUGGGGGCCCUGCUCCAAGAAGAAGAAGCUCUGUGGUUUCCGGAGGGGCUCCGAGGAGCGGACACGCAGGGUGCUCCAGGCCCCUGGGGGGGACCAUUCUGCCUGCUCUGACACCAAGGAGACCCGGAGGUGCACAGUGAGGAGGGUGCCGUGUCCUGAGGGGCAGAAGAGGAGGAAGGGAGGCCAGGGCCGGCGGGAGAAUGCCAACAGGAACCUGGCCAGGAAGGAGGGCAAGGAGGCGGGCACUGGCUCUCGAAGACGCAAGGGGCAGCAACAGCAGCAGCAACAAGGGACGGUGGGGCCACUCACAUCUGCAGGGCCCACCUAGGGACAUUGUCCAGCCUCCAGGCCCAUGCAAAAAGAGUUCAGUGCUGCGCUGUGUGAUUAAAGCUUUCCUGAACUGGAAUGUCAGGGGCAAAGCAUACACACACUCCAUCCAUCCAUUCACACAUAGACGCAAAACACAUGCACUCAAACCCCUGUCCACAUAGACAACCAUACGUACAUGCACACGUGUGUGCAUGUACACACAGACAGACAGACACACACACACACACACACACACACACCCCUGAGGCCACCAGAAGACACUUCCAUCCCGCAGGCCCAGCAGUACACACUUGGUUUCCAGUGCUCCCCGUGGACAUGUCAGAGACAAUGCUUCCCACAUCUGAGACCAAACUGCAGAGGGGAGCCUUCUGGAGAAGCCACUGGGAUUGGGCCAGUCGGUGUGGUAGACGGGAGCCAAGCUUGAGGACUGCUGGUGACCCGGGGAGAAGCCUUCUUCCCACCCCAGUCAGCACUCCCAGCUGUGUGACUUUAUCGUUGGAGAGUAUUGUUACCCUUCCAUGAUACGUAUCAGGGCUAACCUGACUCUGAAAACUGCUUAAAGGUUUAUUUCAAAUUAAA